GUAGGUACGUGGCCGCUUCAGCAGACAGUCUACAUGAUGGCGACAGAGGUUCAGAGCGGCGACCUCGACAGCGCCACUUCCAGCCGGCUCGAAGUUUCCAUCGAUGGCCUCACCCUCAGUCCGGACCCGGAGGGGGAGCAGAGCCGGGUGGAGGAACCGGACCCCGUCCCCGCGGAGCCGGAGACCGACACGCCGGGUGCUGCCGAGGCGGAAGAUGGAGAGACUGCCCGGGCUGCGAUUGAGGGGAAAUGGGGCUUUCCUCUAAACGAGCUGUACGGGAUGGCCCUGAAAUUCUUCAAAGAUAAAGAUGGAAAGGCCUUCCACCCCACCUAUGAGGAGAAGCUUCGACUGGUCGCUCUGCACAAACAGGUGUUGCUCGGCCCCUACAACCCCGACGCUUCACCAGAGGUCGGCUUCUUUGAUGUUCUGGGCAACGACCGCAGAAAAGAAUGGGCUUCCCUGGGAAACAUGGAGAAGGACGAUGCCAUGGUAGAGUUUGUCAAGCUACUCAACAAGUGUUGUAACCUCUUUGCUCCCUACGUAACAUCCCACAAGAUCGAAAGGGAGGAGCAGGAGAGGAAAAGGAAAGAAGAGGAGGAGCGGCAGAGGCUGGAGGAGGAGGAGAGGGAAAGACAGAGGCAAGAGGAGGAGAGACGGAGGCUGGAGGAGGAGGAAAGACUGAGGAGAGAGGAGGAGGAGCGGAGGCAGGCAGAGGAGGAAAGGCUACGGAUUGAACAGCAGAAGCAACAGAUAAUGGCAGCGCUGAAUGCCCAGACAGCGGUGCAGUUCCAGCAGUAUGCAGCUCAGCAGUACCCCAACAGCCCGGAGCAGCAGAUGGGUCUGAUCCGGCAGCUCCAGGAGCAGCACUACCAGCAGUACAUGCAGCAGCUCUACCAGGUCCAGCUUGCCCAGCAACAGGCGGCCCUACAGAAGCAGCAGCAGCAGCAGGUGGAUUCAGUGGUGCAGGGCACACUGGACUCCAGCAGCUACAACAGCGGCGAACCCAUCCUGGCCUCGGCAGCAGGACCCUUGUGCGCCUCGUCGCAACUUACCGGCGAGGAAGCUCCUACGGUCAACGGGGGCCAGUCGGACUCUUACUCGGAGAGCAUGGACCGCGAGCCGGAGCCCGAGCCGGCGGAGGAGGUGUCGGAGAACGGGCCUUUAUUAGCGGACUCCCCUCCGGUCAUAGCCGCCCCCUCCAUGUGGACGCGGCCGCAGAUCAAGGACUUCAAGGAGAAAAUCCGCCAGGACGCCGACAGCGUGAUCACCGUGGGCCGGGGCGAGGUGGUGACGGUGCGCGUUCCCACGCACGAGGAGGGCUCUUACCUUUUCUGGGAGUUUGCUACAGACUAUUAUGACAUCGGCUUCGGGGUGUUCUUCGAGUGGACGGAUGCCGCCUCUGCUUCGGUCAGCGUGCACGUCUCAGAGUCUAGUGAUGAAGACGAGGAUGAUGAAGGUGAUCCACCGAACGAGGAGGAGAAGGCGAAGAAGGAGGCGGGGAAGCCCCAGGUGGACGAGAUUGUGCCGGUUUACCGGCGGGACUGUCACGAGGAGGUGUACGCCGGCAGCCACCAGUACCCCGGCCGCGGAGUCUACCUGCUUAAGUUUGACAACUCCUACUCACUCUGGCGAUCCAAGAGUGUUUAUUACAGAGUUUAUUACACCAGAUAAGCCUGAAUACAGACACAUGGGGGGAGGGGGGGAGCCGAGGAGUUUGUAUGCGUGUAUGUUGGUAAAGAUUGGUGUGAAGGCAGCCUGUAUGUGUCGGUGUGUGUGUAUAUAUCUGUGUGCGUGUGUGUGUGUGUGAAUGUAUGGUGACGGAAGUUCUGGACAAAACCACCAGAGGGCGACAAAGAGACACACGUGGCGCCCCAGCCAGUGUCGGGACUAAUGUAUGUACUGAGACACACCCAUGCUAGAUCCUGUCAUCGAGCCCUUGGAAGAGGAGUGUUCCUGUUGUAAAUUCACCACUGUCCCUGCUGUGCUCUCUCUCUCUCACACACACACACACACACACCAAGCUGUAGGACUAAUACCCUCCUGUUCUGUUUUACCACUCUUUCCUUCCUGGGGACACUCGGCGAGUUCUGGACUGUGUGAGCCAGCGUUUCCUGUUUGGUGGAAACGGCGGUUGUUUGUCCAGUGAGACGACUGACAAUGUUGGAAAUCCUGUUCCAGUCGACACGUGCUUCAUAACACUAUGCCUUUUACACAGAUCUUCUGGUCGCUGCCAAGAUUCAGUCACACAUUAAAAACUCAAGUGUACACACAUAUGGGAAACGUCCUUUUUGUUGCGAACUAGUCUGUCAUUCUCUUUCUUGGUAACUGUACAGAUAUGAAGAUCUGCCAGGACUGUUUCGAGGAAGAAGUGUUUCUCUUUCUUUUCUUUUCUUCUUUAUGGUUUUUCGUCAAGCACUUUCUCACCUUUUUUCAUUCCUGGGUAACAGUGCGACAGAUUGUAGCAGCAGUUGGCAUAUUUUAUGAAGUCGCAGGCGAGGAACGAGUCGGUCACAUGGGGGUCGGAGGGAAGUCCGAAAGGCUGCACACACUUUAAACCACAGCGGCGUGUCCUGAAAACUGGAACAUCUCAGUUGGUGAUACAGUAUAAGAAGUUUAAAAACAAAUGGAUUUAUAAACACUUUUUUUUGUUGUUAUUUUUAAUCUGUGAAUGUGUCUGUUUUCUUUUAUGUUUCACUUCUUCACAGUUGAAGAUCUACUUUCUAAUUUCUUUAUCGAGUCACGGAUCAGAGGUGUUGUUGUCAGUAUGUGUCUAUUUAAAAAUUUUCUGUCCAGAGCUUUGCCACACAAACACUUGACCAUAAAUAAAAAAAACAUUCAAACCUUAUGUGCUGAAAGUUAUGACACAAUUAUUACAUCAAUAAAAAAUAAAGCCACAGUGGAUUGGGAAUAAACUGAUGGAUGAGGUGUGCUUCAGUCCUUGUCGAGGUGAAUGAAUGAGAGUACUCAACCCUCUCUUUUUAUUGAACCCUACUCUUUAUUGCUGCCAUACUUCAGGACAGGACUGCUCUGUUAUUGAGUUAUACUCUUCUGAAACUUCAUGGAAGCUGCGCCGUCUCCACAAACAUUUUUCUUUUCAUCUCUGUGUGUGUGUGUGUGCAGUCAAACUUUAAAGACAGAAGUGGAACAUGUUGCAAUUUGAGCAAUCCUCAAUAUCCCCCCCCGAUUGAGUGAUUUCUGUAAAAUCUCACUACCUGUGGCUUGACCAAGCCAUCGCAGUCACACGUUUCCCAUAAUCCGAUAUGUGAUGUUCCUUUUUCUUAAGUUUCUCAUUGUGCACCAAAUGCUUUGAGUUGUUCAAGCCUUGUAUGUAAAUAAUUCUAUAAAUGAGUUUAUGUAUGGGUCUCUAGAUGUGGAAGAAGGCUAUGGUUUUGCGAGUCAAUGCACUGUAAAAUAAGGUGAAUGAGAUAUACGUUUUACCCUGAAUGAAAGUCCAUCUUGUGUAGAAAGUAUGAAACUAUAAGGCUCUAUUGAUAUGACAAACAGAAAAGCUCAUCUUUUUGUAUUGUUUUGACUUGUUUGGAUCUCUUGAGUUGCAAGAUCUUUUUGGGCAUAUAUUUAAUCUUGAUUAAACUUAUCUUCAUCUCUAAAACUG